CACACACAGAGAGAGAGAGAGAGAGAGAGAGAGAGAGAGAGAGAUGACAACAGGAGCGCGCGGUUAGAGAGCUGAGCCACAGAGAACUGCUGAGCUGCGCUGGAGUUUGAAAGUCUUUGCGCAGAGACUUAAAACGGCAACGGUGAUAUAAAUACCCCGCUUUUAACCGGAUUAAAGCCAUAACGCUUCCCUUCCACGAGAAAGUCUGUGCAGUGCAGUGGAGAGGAGGAACCGCGCGCGCGCGCCCCAACGCAGCGUCACAAGAGGCUCGUGCUCUCAUAGCUGUGAACUCAGAGUGGUGAGCUGAGACAGGAGCAGAAGUACAUCGGGUACGGCUUUGGAUAUCUUCCCGCCUGAUUUGACUGAAGCUCCGGCCAGGACAGCAUUAAAAAUACAUAUCCCAAAGGAAGACUCACACACACACACACACACACACACACACACACACACACACACACACACACACACACACACACAGAAAUAAAUCAAUACACCCAAGCUGUGAUUUCUUCAUCACUUUUCCCUGCAGCAACAUACUGAGUGGGCAGCGAAAAGACCAGCUGAGCAGAUUCUAUUUCUGUAGCACUGUCCGGAUUACAGAAAUGUUUGUAGAGUUCAUAUUUUUUUUACACUAGUCUGCCAAAUUUAGGAACUAUUUUUCCAAUUUCAAAAGCAAAAAAGCAACAUCUGCUAAUUCAAUAUGUAUUUCCAUUAACUUUCCUUCCUCUGAUGGAGCAUAACUAUUUAUCACCUUCUACUUUGCAUUUAAAUCAAAGUCCAGUGCUCUAACCUCAUUAGUCGGGUACAGUAGGUUUAGAUUAGCAGAGAUAACUGACAGACCAUCCGGAAAGUCAGCAAUUGAAGCUCUUUUUCUUUAUGCAGCGUAAUCAAAGCAUUCAAUCAUCGAAAUGGACUCCUAAUUUUCUUUCCGCACAGUGCAAAACUUAUUAGCAUAUUUAUUAGCCGAAGAUGCGGCCGAUCAUGUGAAAUGUGACACUGACCACACGUUCGGCCCUCGUGGCUCGGAGGAGAUGCGCAGAAAGUGAAACGUGCAAGAGCCCGACUAGCUUUUUAAGCUCAAUAGAACCUGACGCAAGCUUAGAGGGAGGAAAGGAAGAGAAGAAAGCAGGGGAGGGAGGAAUUCAGGCACACAUCUUAAUUUCCCACCCACAAGAUGAUUCAUGCUUGUAUGAAGCACCAAUUAAAAAAUAUUAAAGAUGGAUUGCUUGCUCUAGAAUAAAGGAAAGAGGUGCACUCGAGUUCGUCUGAGAUCUCCUCAAUAAUCACUUCCCUCAAAUCAGGAUGGACAGCCUGGAUGAAUUGGAGCACCCGCUUUUGGAUGACAGCCCCACACACUCAUCCAGAACGGGCAACAGCGGCCUCUUCAAGGGCAUUUUUGUGAGAUGCGAAGAGGAAAAAAGACCUCCCUCCCUAGCAUGGAGGAGCUAUUCUGGUCCUACAGAUGUAUCUCAACAGCAGCUGCUGGAUCCCUGUUCUCUCCCCAGCACACUUGAGUCCUUCUAUACGCCUUCUGCUCCUCUCUGGGGCCCUGCAGACUCCCUGGGCCUCCACAGCAAGGAGUAUCUGGAAACCACAUUCAUGGACAUCGGCCCUGGAUCUCCUCUGGAGCGGAAGCUGCUGGCAGUGAGCAGAGACGUCCACAGCGUGUCCUACAGCAUGGAGGAUGAAGACGACCUGCUGCCAGACUUUGAGGAUUCCUCGAGUGAUGACUUCACUGACACAGAAAGCGAAAGCAACUUCCCACUUAUGAUCCCACAGGAUCACCUUGGUCUGGCCUUCUUCUCCAUGCUCUGCUGCUUCUGGCCUUUAGGCAUAGCCGCCUUCUAUUUGUCUCAGAAGACGAACAAAGCGUGGGCGCAGGGCGACUUUCAGGCAGCGAGCAAGGCGUCUCGUCACACUCUGUGGCUCUCCAUCAUCUCCAUCAUCUUCGGCAUCAUCACCUACAUCUGCGCCGUCGCUGCUCUCAUCUCCUACCUCUCCGGGAAGCCGCCCUAAAGUGUGUUCAGUGUAAAACCCCUCCCCUUUCACAGUACUGUCCCCAACUCCUGAAGUCUCAAUGAAUUUCUGCACAUACACACACACACAGAUCUGUACCAUGUAUUAACGCUGGGCUUUUAUUUGAAACAAACCUUCCUGGAUCCAAACCUUCUGGACUUGUCGAAGGAUGGAUGCUAAUGCGACAGAUGGGAAAUGGAUCACAAGACAAAUCUAACAGAAGAAACACGUCUCUGUUUUGUUGGAACCCUUACAGCUGUGCAGCGGCGGCACAAUGCCAUGGAGCCAAACCAGCUUGCAUAGAUAGGAGAGCUGGCUCGUCUUAAAAAGUUUCUGAGACCCGAGGGUUUGUUUGAAGGAUUUGACAAGUUCUAAAAGAAUAGGACUUUCAGCAGGUCGUGUUCUUCCUGCUCCUGUAAAACACUGGCAUGGUUUUAGUUACUAGUAACAUCUGGAUACAAAUUAUAGGACACGGCUAUUCAUAAACACACGCAUUUGUGACAAUGUGACCCAAAUUCCUGACCCAAAUUCGUUUAGCCAUUCAUUAUUAAUUAAGCGCUUUAGCCUGAUCAGGGUUGCGGUGGAUCCAGAGCGUAUCCCAGGGACACCAGUCAAUAGGCCAAAAUACACCGUGAAUAGGACACACACAAUCUCUAGCAGAACGGUUUUGGGAAGUGGGAGCAAACCGGAGUACCUGAAGGAAUCAUGACACAGAAACAAGGAGACCAUGGAACUCUCCACACAGGCAAUAGAGCCGAGCUCAGUGGUGCUGUGAGGUAGCAAUGCCACCCACGGUAUCACCAUGUCCUUUGUUAAGGAUUCAGUGUGUGCCAAAAAAACGUUCCCAUAAAAGGACAACAAACGGAGCAGAUGUAGGCAAACUAAAUGCAGUAAUUGUAUCAGUUGCUGACAGGGUUGGAAAGCAUGAAUUAUGUGGCACCUGGGAAAACCCUUCACAUGUAUAACGUUCUUGCUGUAUACUUCCUUUUUGUGCAUCUUGAACAGAAGUAAGAUUGUAGCUUUUUUUUUUAAUUAUUAUUAUUACUAUUAUUAUUAUUAUUAUUAUUACUCCAAAAUUAAAAUGCAUAAAAAUGCAUUUAAAGAUUUGUUUCUAACAAAACAUAAAAAAACAACAUCAUUUUAACAGAUUCUAUGUUUGUAAUAGCAAAAAAAGCUAUGUGAAUUCUCACUUGCACGCAGCCUCGUCGUCUCCUCACUCGACUGAUUUCCGUUCGCCGUCGGUGAGGAUAUAAUUGCUGAUUAAUUCAGUCAGCCCUGUUAACUAAAUGAAUUGUUCUUUAAACAUUUUAAUUGGCUCACCCGAGUGUAUAAGCACUCUUCUCGGUUUUGAUGAUGAUAUCCCGUUAUAUCAGCUGUCUGAAUCAAACUGAACUGAUUUUGGCUUAUGUCUGUUUUGUGUAUGACAGAAUAACUGCAUUCUUAUCUAAAAUGAUUUUUGCAGGCAGAAGGUAAGGAAGUAGCCUAAUUAAAAACAUUUCCAUGUUGUUUUGGUGAAAUAUAUGUACUGUAUAGACGAUGUAUGUUAUCGGCAGGAGAACCCUGUCGUUUUUCAUUUCAGCCUCACUGACAUCCGAAGGGUUUUCCUAGACCGCCACACAAAUGUGACCUUUGUCACUUUCAGUACGCCAUUAACGUCGACUCUUCUCCACGGGACCGUUUUCCGAAGUGUGACCUCACAUAGGUGACAGGGUUAAGGAUGUGGGUGAUGAAAGCUCUGGGCAGUUUGACCUGGUGUAAUCCUAACAAGCGAGCGAGUACUGCCUCAGUUUAUAUACAAACCUGAACUUUCUCUUCACUUCACCAUCAGUGUUUGCUUGUCGUCUGAUCUCCACAGCGUUACGGUGUAUUUUUCCUGCACAGGUGGAUCUCCAUCUGUUUGAUUAUAGGCAUGCAGUGAGAUUCUGAAAUUAAGGUGUGUGUGAAAGUUUUUGCUCUGAGACUUUACACCAAGUUUGUCCUUCCAUCCUUAAGACGACUACAACAACUCUAUCUGCAUGGGGAUUUUGCACUGACACCAUAUAUAUAUAUAUAUAUAUAUAUAUAUAUAUAUAUAUAUAUAUAUAUAUAUAUAUAUAUAUAUAUAUAUAUAAAACGUACCCCUAAAAAAGCCUCACCGUGUGUGGGCAUUUGCUUUUGCCUCAGUAAGCUCUGUCAGCUUCCAGAAAAUAGCCCUGCUUAAAUGAAGUGAGCCAAACAUGAGUGGGUUCAAGUGAAGCCACUAAUAAAAGAAGCACUGAGUGCAAACAUAUUGUUCAUUAUAGUUUUAUGCAGCGCACUCUAUUGUGAUGUUGUUCUGUUGUUUGCUUGUCAUGUUUUUGUGUUCUACAAUUCUCUACAGCUUGCACAAACAGUGAUUCAUCCACAUGUGUUUGGUUAUAUAAUUACCAUGAAGCCAGGGCUUAUUAUUUACAGCAUAACUGUGGAGCUGUAAUUCUCGGGAACCUUCAGGAAAUACACAGUAUACAAACCCUCAGAGACAUUUCACUAAUAUAUAGAAAGGCAGUACACCUACAGUACAUGUAGAGUCCUACUUUUAUAACCCAAUUAAAAGAUUUACUGCUAAUCAAAGUUAAAAACUGGCAGGUUGAAAUGAGAUACGAGUUAUCAGUCAAAAAUAAUAAUGGUAAAAUUUCCACAAUAAAAAGCCAGAAUAAUAUCAAAAGAUAUAGUUUUGCAUGUGUUUUGAAAUUUCUGACAUUAACAGAAACCCCUGAUUGUUGGUACCAGACAGCCUGCAUUGAGUAUUUCUGUAAGUGUUGAUCUCCUGCGGCUUUCACACCUAACAGUGUUUAGUUAGCAGCAGAAAUGAACAAACUGAAAGGCCAAACUGUUUGGUUGUGGAAGAAGGCUAUAUUAACUCAGAUAACCACUCUGUAUAUUGGUGGUGAACUGAAAAGCAUCUCAGAAUGCCCAACAUGUCAAACCUUGAGUCGGAUGAGCUACAACGUAAGAAGACCAUCUCAGGUUAAACUUCUGUCAGCCGAGAACAGAAAGCUGAGGCUGCAGUGGGUAUAGAUUCACCAAAAUUGGACAAAAACCUAGCGUGGUCCGGUUUUAAUUUCCGAUGAGACACACAGACGGUAGGGUCAGAAUUUGGUGCCAGCAGCAUGACUCGAUGAACCCAAUCUGCUUUGUGUCAACAUUUCAGGCUGCUGGUGGUGAUGGAGGUGGUGUAACAGUUUGGGGGGGAUGUUUUUUUUUUUUGCCACAAUUUGGGGCUGUUAAUAC